GGCCCUAUGCUUGUGGCAGUUGAGGGGUUUCACUUUUGAUUUGUCUCUGAGUUGCGAAAGAAAAUAGUAAAAAAUAGAUAAUUAAUUGCGUAGAAAUAUCCAGUCAAUGCAAAGAAAGGGUGCUACGCUAAAAUUUAGCUAGCUAGCUAGCAGUUAUUAGCCGGUUGACAGACUUUAAGCUAGCUAACGGUUAUUUGGAAAUGAACUAACGGUUAUUUAAAAAUGAAUUACUCUUCAGUUGAGUAUGGCGCCACACUGAAGGAGGCUGUUGAUUUUAAUGCAGUAAAAAUUGAAAUAAUAACUGUACUACACCCUAAAGGUGAGGCCAAAUUAGUACAUGAGCAUCACCGGAUCUCACACUUUGAUGGAGUUAUAACCGAGGACUGUGUAACUGAGUCACAUCACGAGAGACCACGGUGUGAAAACGAAACGAGCAGCACUUAAUGGAGUUCCCCUCCAACGCCUCCAUCAAUCUCUGCAGAAGAUGGUAUCUCUGCAACGUUGUCAAUUCAUGUGGUGCUAUGAGUCCAUAGUGGAUGUUCUGGUAAGGUCACCAGCCCUGUGAAGGAGGAGUAACCUGCCACUGUCUUCACCAGAUGGGACAGUGAGAAGAGGAUCUCAAAAACAAAGUAUUGCAUAUUCAUAGCAGCAGAGUGGAUGUGGUGGGAAGGCACCACACAGACACCGCUCAAAAAGGUCUGAAACCACAUCCUGAGUCACGCCACCGAUGAUGAUGCCUUUGCAGUGUCAAAGCGGAACAUUGUUCCACUAAAUGUUCUCACACAGACGUCAGUGCGUCGGGGACUCUGUUGCCUUGUGGACUGAUUAAGAGGCAGAAUUUUAAACUGAGAGAAGUUUCAGCUGCUGUGUUUCCUUCUGUCUAACCCGCGGCUGAUAACGGUGGGUUGUUCCCAUGGCUCUCAAACCCGCUCUCUUAUUGUUGCUGUGGGACCUCACUUUCUUUGUUCACGGUGUCACAGCUUUGUGCAAUGUCACCUGCUCAACGAACUACAAGGAUACACUGAACUGUUCGUGCUCAGACCCUCUGCCGACAUCUCCUGUCCUCGUCAAAGUCAUAUGCAGUGAUGAAGAACUUGAGAUUACUGGUAGCUGUGAAGUCAAACCACCUCAGUCCUGGUGCGUAAUGACUCCGCACGGCCUCUUUAGUGCUGCAGCUGUUGGAACCAUGUGCACUGCAACGGCCAGUCAACAGGAUGAUCAAAUAUUGAUAAAUGCUGAUGAGUCACCGAGCUGGGCACUAUGUGAUGUGGUGAAAGCUACGCCUCCUGUCAGUGUUACAGUGACAAGCACUGACGGAUGCUACAAUGUCUCUUGGGACCAUGACAACAAAGAGGACACUCUCAUAUACAGGGUGCGCGUGAGAGAAAGCAAAGACUUGUCAAAGGCUCCAGUACAUUUCCUUGAAGUGGAAGAAAAAUACAACCUGUUAGACUGUAAGAAGCUGCAGCCAUAUGUCAGCUAUGUUGUGGAUGUUCAGGCCAAAAUGUCUCCCAAUAAUCUCUAUUUGGGUCCGUGGAGCGAGUGGAGUUCCACUGCAGAGUGGAGAAAUGGAACGAAUGAAUGGUGGUGGUACGCCACCCCGCCUGUCGUCGUUCUCAUUCUCCUGUUGCUGGGUUAUUUACAAAAACCGUGGUGGCAAAAAACAAUCCGGCAGUUUAUACACUUCCCCAGGCCAAAUGAGUUCUUCAAGCCCCUCGACCACAUCUAUGGAGGCAACUUUAAGGAGUGGGUGAAGCCUUUAUUCAACGAGUACGAUUACCUCAGGAUCAACCCGCACACUCAGAUGCUAAGCGAGAAGCAGCACGACGUCCUUCAGUGGAAUAACGAGAAACAAAGCUACGGCGAGGACGAGAUGAAACAAGGUAGUCAUGUCCUCCACAUGCUGCAGCCUCACAGCAACUCGCUGCUGUUCUUCCAGGAUGGCGGCAGUUCACAGGGCACCGGCCACUCAACCGGACACAUCUCCAUCCAUACUGUAACCCUGUCUGGAGAAGAAGAGUUUGAGGAGGAAGUCGUGUCACAGAGCUCCAUAAACACCCUGAGAAGUUACCAAGACGGAGAAAGCUUCGGUUCAUUCGAGGAAGACAACAGAGAACACGCCAGCUAUGAUUUAGAGGAACCUCGUAGGCAAAGCGGGAUGUUACCACAGCAUGACAACCAAAUACCUAACGAACUAUCAGUGGUAAAUAUGAACUUUCAGCCACGUGUCCACAUUGAUGAACCAGAGAGGGUAUCACUCGACUCAUUCGUCUCAAACGAGCAGUCAGAAGACGGCUACCCUCACGUGGACUUGGACACCAUCGACAGUGGCUUUGGAGAGUGCGGCAGCCCUGGAGCCUCAGACUCAAACGUAGCAGAGCAGCGGGACUCUGAUUUAUUUCAGGAGCACAAAAGUUCCAAUUCGAACUACGUCAAGCAGUGGAUGAUCUGUAGCACUACUCAAGGAGACUCCAACAACUUAGAGAGCGAACUUCCCGAAACACAGUGAUGAGCACCGCUGAUUUGCUGCCACUAUCACAGUUUGUAGUGCUGUGGGACACGUAUUUAAAGGAUGGAUAUUAUCACUUACAUUUCCAGAGUAUACACUUUGUUUAAAAGUAAAUUUGAAGCAACCACUGACCUUAUAAUGCUGUAUAUUCUGUCAUCACGUUUUUUUUAAAUUGUGCACUUUUUUCUCUGUAUAUAGUCUUGUUUCUUUGUUUUCAGAGUAUUGGUUAUUGUGUUUGAUUUUGCUUUUAAAAGAGUUUAAAGAGACGGGAGAAGAGAGAAAUGGGGAGUAAGCACAUGGAGACUGGUGUUCGCCAACAUCAUUAUAUUUUUCAGUGCUGAUUUUUUUUCAAGUCAGGAGAGGACGGCAGAAGAAAUACCCGCACACCAAUUCAACUAAGCCACAAAAAAGGUUGACAGGCUGAGAUAAGUGCCAAAAAAUGUUGAUUUAUUCAGAACAUCCAUGCACAAAAAGAAGGGUGCUCAGAGUGCAAAAAAUAAGAAUAAAAUGUGAUAAAAACAGCAGCGAACAUUUUUCAGUCCUUGACGAUCAUCUCUGCAGUGCAACGUUUGCUGUUUUUUUUAAAAAAAUUUAUCACUUUUAUCACGACUGCUGCUUCUUUAUGUGCACAGAUGUGACCCUUUCUUGUGGCUUAGUUGAAUUGGUGUGCGGGUAUUUCUUUUGCCAUCCUCUCUUGAUCGUCCAUCGUACCGACACACCCAAGAUAAAGUUUUUUGUUGCCUAAGUAGGCGCAGUUUCACAGCAGCCCUAAGACUUUAUAUUCAGAUUAGUUCAUCAUUUAUUCCUUGAUCAUUCAAAAGAAAUCUUUUCAGACAUCUUGUAAUAGUUUAAUUUUAUUGCAUAAUUUUAAUGCAAAUGUAAAGUUUGCGUUUGUAAAUGUAUCUAUUUAAUAAUAGAUCACAAUACAGCAUAAAGAAAGUCAUUAUGAUUGGGGCACUCCAGACUUAAUAGACAUGCAGCAAGGGAUCAAAAUGUUGCAUAGUGCUUUGAUUUAUUCCGCAGGAGGAUGUUUUCUUUAUUCAUUUUUAUCACUGUAUAUACAGCUUUAUGUGUUCAUGGUCAUGCACGCCUCAUUAGCUUGUACUGUCGCACCAGCAUGCAUGCCGCCUUAUCAAGAUCUCUGAUAAUGUCUGCUUUUUCUCGCACAUGCAUUUUCUCAGUAACCACUGUAACCAUCCGUGCUGGGUUUUGCAAGUCAGUUAAAAGAGCAAACUUGGAGCAAAUUUUUAUCAUCUGUGAACAGCAUGACUUUUCUCUGGCCUUGACCUAAUUCAGCAGCAGGAAGUGGAGGAAAACAAGCUUUGACAAUCUGUUCUUUCACCUUUCGUUGUAUCGAUAAUUGCGGAGUUUAUUUGUUCACAUUUUUAUAAUAACUGCACAUACAAGACUGUAUUAGUAUUUUAUGUUUCUACUAGGAAAAAUGAUCACAAAAACACGUUAAUACAAGCAAAAUUCAUAUUCUCUGGACCCAUGUGUAUUUUUCCUUUUCUCUGCAAAGCAUGUCUCAGGUUUUGGUAAACAUCAUAAAUUGAUCAUAUCUAACGAUGUAAGAAGAUUUUUCCAACUGAAAGUGCACCUCAUGGUAGCUGUAGUGGGAGGGGGAAGUGUGGCUCAUUUACUUUCCAAGUCCAAAAGUUUAUUGUUGUUGAAGUCUGUUUCUUUACCGGACGCCAAGCUGCUUGUUCCUGUCUACACUUUCCACAACCUUUUAACCCAAUAACUAUUAACAGUUUCAUAUAAAUAAAAUCUUU